AGGACAGGAGCUCUUGCUAUCAUAUGAAGAUGAGGAUGAUCUCAGUGGAUGCCUUAAUAACAAAAAGUGCACAGACAGUGGUAACGCCCAAACAUUUUUUGAAUGUGUUCUUGGGACAGGACUUCAAUGUCUAAAAGUGCUGAAUUUGAACAAAAUUCUGAGUGUGACAAAAGGGUUUUUUUUCCAAACAGAAAGUGGGAACCACUCAGGUCCAGUCACUGGCAUAGGCUACUGUCUAGGGUGGAGGAGGGGACUAGAUCGUUAUACUGCAGCCACUAAUACAAAUACAGAUAACUGCAAUGGAUUAGAUCAUGAUGUGUCAUGGGGCUCAUAGGAAUGCUAUUCACCUCCUUCUGCAUGCAUGAACACACAGAGACACAUGCCUGGCUGGUGUCUCUCUGAUUGAAAGGGGAAAGAGUGUGCCUCUUCCAGUGAAAGAAGGCAAUUUUGCUCUUUUGGAAUCUCUGACUCAUGGAUGCAUGUAGAAUUAUCUUGAGUUGACCUUGCAUUCUCCAGAUGAUGGGCCAAAUGCUUGUCCAUCGCACCACUUGAGACCAAGCACCUUUAUUUUAAAUAAGGCCACUGGAGCGAGGGUUAGCAAUAAGACGAUGUGUCAGAACUUGAAAACAAGUUCAGCAGUUGCAUUCUGGAUCAGUUGCGGGGGUUGAAUAGAACACGGGGGAAGACUUCCCAAGAACAAGUCGCAGUAGUCCAAUCUCAAGAUAAUAAGGGACUGAACAAGAUCCUUUCUGACCUCUGUAGAGAAAAAUGGCCAAAGUCAGGUGUGCUAACCUGCCUCUAGCUAUUUGCCUCCACACAGGUCACCAAGGUGAUUUAGAAAGAAGGAUAGUUGGUUUUUUAGAACUGCCCCAAGGGUGUAUUCUUCAGACAGAUCGCUCAAUCUUGAUGUAGCAAUGCUUCUUCAUGGAUUUAGUCGUAGAUGGUGUUAUGCCAUCCAUGAUGAAACAAGAGUGUCCUGAGAUGAGGGUUAUCAGCAUAGCGGUGGUAUUUAAAAGCAUAUGAGGACAUUGCCUCACUGAGAAUGUUAGUGUAGUGAGGAAAUGGAAGAAAACCAAGCACUGAGCCUUGUGGGACACCAGUGGAGCAAAUGUGACUCCCUUCCAGGUCACCUGAUAUGACUGCUUCUUCAGGUAAAAUUCUAUUCAGUAGGAAAGAUCCAAAUCUGAGGAUGUAAUCGCCUGCUGUCUACCUCGCUCAACAUCCUAGGUGGUGGGAUCAGUUUGUCGGGGGCUGCUUGUUUCCUGGAUGGACUGUCAUGCCAGAUGACAUGGUGGGGAUCCAGAUCUUCUCCAUGCAGACUCUCCACUGGUGUCCCAUGAGGCUUAGUCCUGAUUCCUGCUUGCCUUUACCUUGAGGGAUAGUGGGUCCAGUCGAGCCAUACUAGCAACUCCUAAGGGCCUAUGCUUCUUUUCUGUUCUCACACUAAUUAUGACCACAAAAAGCAAGAAUUAAACGCCACUCUUCAAGGCAUUUCUUGCUCCAUGUGUCACCUUUUGUAUACGUCUCAAAAUGACCUACACGGACAUGUAAAGAAGUGCCACAGUGCAGAAUAUGAGAGUCUGCAGAAAUCAGAAGAGAUUAAACAUGAAAAUCUAAUACCGACAAGAAGUCCCAGUAGUCAGUGUGGCAGUGACCAUAAGGUGCCCACUAACAACACUCAUAAGCAGAUGCAGGAGCAAAUCCAUUCCAAGGAACACCGGUGCAUUCAGACAGGAGAGAAGGUGUAUCAGUGCUCUGUGUGUGGGAAGACUUUUACUCGGCAGAUUUCUCUCCAGCAGCACCAGCGCACUCACACUGGAGAGAAACCGUAUCACUGCUUAGAGUGUGGGAAGAGUUUUACCAGACAGAAUCAUCUCCAGCAGCACCAGCGCAUUCAUACUGGUGAGAAACCGUAUCACUGCACACAGUGCGGGAAGAGCUUUAAUCGAGGGAGUUGUCUCCAACAGCACCGGCGCACUCACACUGGAGAGAAGCCCUAUCACUGUUCUCAUUGCGGGAAGAGUUUUUUCCGAGGAAGUCAUCUCCAAGAACACCAGCGGGUUCACACAGGAGAGAAACCGUUUCAGUGCUCGCAAUGCGGCAAGACUUUUACUUACCAGAGUACUCUGCAAGAGCACCAGCGCAUUCACACAGGAGAGAAGCCAUAUCAGUGCAAGCAGUGUGGCAAGAGCUUUAGUCACUACAGUUCUUUCCAAAAGCACCAGCGCAUCCACACAGGGGAGAAACCCUAUCAGUGCUCACAGUGUGGAAAGAGCUUUAACCAAGAAGGUAUUCUUAAACACCAUCAGCGCAUUCACACAGGAGAGAAGCCGUAUCGCUGUUUAGCCUGCGGGAAGAGCUUUACCAGACAGAGUCACCUUCAGCAACACCAGCACAUUCACACGGGCGAGAAACCAUAUCAGUGCUCGGAGUGUGCCAAGAGUUUUACUCACAGCAGCUCUCUCCAGCAGCACCAGCGCAUCCAUACCGGAGAGAAGCCGUACCAGUGCACCCAGUGUGGGAAGAGCUUUACCAAACACAGUCAUUUCAAAGUGCACCAGCGCAUCCACACCGGAGAGAAACCGUAUCGGUGCUCGGCAUGUGGGAAGAGCUUUACCAGACAGAGCCAUCUGAAACAGCACCAGCGCAUCCACACAGGGGAGAAACCGUAUCAGUGUUCGCAGUGUGGGAGGAGCUUCAGUCACAGCAGUACUCUCCAAGUACACCAGCGCAUUCACACGGGAGAGAAGCCGUAUCACUGCGCACAGUGCGGCCAGAGAUUCACUCGUUUAAGAAGAUUAAAUACACAUGUGUGUGAUCCCACAAAGCCAGUGUGAUGCGAGUUUGUUAAUCAUGAUUAGUGUCGGACAAUUAAAAUGAUUUUCAAGUUACUGGUCCUGACCAUCAAUGGAUUACCUGAAGAGUUCAUGAUCUUUUUUCAUAUCUCUAAUUUCACCUUCUUGCAUUAUUAGAUACUGUUGACAUGUAUUUUCACCAGAGGGAAACUAUUCUUUUGUUUUGUUUUGUUUUGUUUUGUUUUGUUUUGUUUUGUUUUGUUUUGUUUUGUUUUGUUUUGUUUUGUUUUGUUUUGUUUUGUUUUGUUUUGUUUUGUGGGGAGGGUCCAAUAUAUUGCCUGAUUUCUUUGUCUUGCAGAGAGCAGUAUCGUGAAUUCACACUGACCACAAGGUUUGACCAACUAAACACUGAUCAGCUGACCACCUGUUCGUCCAAUGGCACAUGCAGGACAUAUGAUGGGCAAAUGAAUUUCUGCCAGUGAGUCCUCUUGUUCUUCAAGUGGCAGUCAUCUUGACGGACUUAAGGUCUUGAAGGUCUUAAGGAGAUGUCAGGCAGCAGGUCAAUAGAACAAUCCCAGGGUCAGCGUGGAAAGAGUGUGGAAACAUCUUGUGUGCUCUCUUGGCUACAGAAUGAAGAUUUGGUAUUCUGUAAGCACGCUCUGCCGCUUAGCUUCUAAGGGCUCCAUAAAGGUGGAGCUGCAUUAGAUCUGGACAAAGGACACUAGGGAACUAUUUGAUUGAUCAAGUUGGUCAAGUCGACAAACACCCUAGGAUUGUCUUGUUUUGACAAAGGAAGUCCUAGAAUGGUUCAGUAUUCAGUUUCUAGAGCAGCUAGAACACACAGAGUUAAAGUAUUCAGGUCUAGAAGAAACUACAACUUGAGUAUAUUGAGUAGGUUCUGUUGUCAGUAAAGGUCAUGUUCUGGUAUUUAGAAAUUUUCAGGAUCUUGUAGUUGAUCUGAUCUGAGAAAACUUUGUAUAAAGGAUGAAAAAUGGUGGAAUAUCUCUAACCCCUGAGGAAAAGAAUUUUCACCUGAAUUCCUCUGAUUUGUGUGAAUGGCAGUUUGAUUCACAGAUCUUUCUGAUGUCUUCUGAUGAGGAACAAGGUGCAUGGCCCAGCUCAGUAGAUAACGAUGGUGUCUUAGUAAGCAGUCAGAUACUGGUGGUGGACUCCAACCUAGUGGUAGGAAGAUUUUUUUUUUUUGAGUCUGUUGAAAGCUGUUACUGGAGUUGGCCCUGGUGUCAGGUGAUCCUGCCAGCACCUCAUUGUGUAGAAGCAUGGAGAUAUAUUACAACCUUCUCACAUGUUCACUGAGCUAAUCCACCUGGUACAUUUUAACUGUGCAUUUUUUUGGGGAAGUUUUUUCUGACCAUCACAGGCCUUGAAUUCCAGGGAUCUUCAAUGUUAAGGUGCAGCACCUACCUGUGUCCACCAGAGCACAGACUGGUGUUUCCAUUUGAGGUCAAGCCUACCUUUGUGUUAUUUUUCAUGCAGCUUGCUAUCCAAACUGGGGCUGCAUGCAAGAUGCAAUGUAUCAGAAAAGACUUCAGAGCUCUCAGAACUAUGUUUGUCAUCUAAUUGGAAAUAAAUUGAUGAUAAAUCAGUUUCAAUGGUGUGACCUUUCACUCAUCUACUCCCACCCACUGCAUGCUACCAGUGAUGUUUCUUUUAUGAGGUGUAUGGUAAAAAGAGCUGUAGAGAGCUGUAAAUAUUCUGAACUGUAUUUAUUUUAAAGGUAAAAUGUGAAAAUCAUUUGUUUAAUCUACAAUAGGUAAAGUUUUUGUUUAAGAAAGGAGAAAAGAUUUCCAAAAUAAUCAAUCAUUUAUGCAUAUGAUAAUCUGCUUAUACACUGAUCAGCCACAACACUGUGAGCAGUGACCGGUGAAGUGAAUAAAACUGAUAAUCCUCAUCAUGGCACCUGUUAGUGGGUGGGAUAUAUUAGGCAGCAAGUGAACAUUUUGUGCUCAAAGUUGAUGUUAGAAGCAGGAAAAAUGGACAAGUGUAAGGAUUUGAGCGAGUUUGACCAAAAGGGCCAAAUUAUGAUGGCUAGACCACUGGAUCAGAGCAUCUCCAAAACUGCAGCUCAUGUGGGGUGUUCCCGGUCUGCAGUGGUCAGUAUCUAUCAAAAGUGGCCCAAGGAAGGGACAGUGGUGAACCAGCAAUAGGGUCAUGGGCGGUCAAGGAUCAUUGAUGCACGUGGGGAGAGAAGGCUGGCCCGUUUGUGAUCCGAUCCAACAGACGAGCUACUGUUGCUCAAAUUGCUGAAGAAGUUAAUGCUGGUUCUGAUAGAAAGGUGUCGGAAUACACAGUGCAGGACGGGUCAGGGCUGAUUUGGCAUAUUAAUAUAAGGCAGGUGGUCAUAAUGUUACACCUGAUCGGUUUAUCUUACUAUUUUCAGUGUCAUAUAGGACACUGAUACAUUACUGUUCAGGUAUUAUGAUGAUGAUGGUUAUUAUUUAUAUUAGUGUUUGUUCUUCGUUUAUUAUUAUUAUUAUUAUUAUUAUUACCCCCCUCCCUUGUUUUUGAGCACUGCUCAUAAUGGCCACCAGGGGGCGGGAGAGGAUCGAGCAUUUAAGCGCCCUAUACUGUAAGUUUUUAUGUGUAUAAGUAAUGUAGAUACUAUAAUGAUGUAUAUGUUUUUUUAUGAACUGUUCAUGUUAUAAGCUGUUGCAUGUCACCUAUACCUGUCUAAAUCCAUGCUUAAAUCUGGACUCCUGCAAUAUUCUCCUGCACUAACUGCCUGUAGCUGUUUUUCUCUGUAUGACCUGAGCUCCAUCAUACAGUUUAGUGUCGGACAGAUGUGUCCACUCCGCCUAUAUUAUCCCCGAAGACUACAUUUGUAUUUUAUCUUAGAUUUUCUGCAUCAAUACUAGACUAAAAUUAUUUACGUAUAUCUACUACACAUCUGGAUUACACGUGAGUUUCCGCUCCUGCUUUUUCUCACAUCACUUUCCAGACUUGUUCAAUAAACUCAUA